AUGGAGAGGGCAAACCAUUCGGUGGUAUUUGAGUUCAUUGUGCUGGGACUUUCUAAAUCUCAGAAUCUUCAGAUUUUAUUCUGUCUGGGAUUCUCUGUGGUCUGUGUGGUAAUUGUACUAGGAAACCUUCUCAUCCUGGUCACUGUGACCUUUGACUCAUGACUUCACACACCAAUGUAUUUUCUGCUUAUCAAUCUCUCUUCCAUUGAUAUGAUCCUGGCUUCUUUUGCUACCCCUAAGAUGACUGUGGAUUUUCUCCAAGAAUGGAAGACCAUCCUCUGCUGGGGAUGGUAUUCUCAGAUGUUCUUUAUGCACCUCAUGGGUGGAAGUGAGAUGAUGUUGCUUGUAGUCAUGGCAAUAGAAAGGUAUGUUGCCAUAUGCAACCCCCCCCAUUACAUGACCAUCAUGAACCCAUGGGUCCUCCCCGGGCUACUAUUAUCCUCCUAUGCAGUUGGAUUUGUACAUUCAUCUAGUCAAACGGCUUUCGUGUUGAAUUUGCCUUUCUGUGGUCUCAAUGUUGUAGACAGCUUUUUCUGUGAUCUUCCUCUUGUGAUCAAACUUUCCUGCAAGGAUACCUAUAUUCUAUAAGUCCUGAUCAUUGCUGACAGUGGCCUCCUGUCCCUGGUCUGUGUCCUCGUCUUGCUUGUCUCCUACACAGUCAUGAUAUACUCGGCACGUGCUGCUAGUGGAUCCUCUAAGGCCUUCGCCACUCUCUCAUCUCACAUCACAGUUGUGACUCCGUUCUUUGUUCCAUGUGUCUUCAUCUAUGUAUGGGCCUUCAGCAGAUACCCUGUAGAUAAAACUCUUUCUGUGAUUUACACAAUUUUCACACCUCUCUUAAAUCCUAUUAUUUAUACAUUAAGAAAUCAAGAGGUAAAAGCAGCCAUUAAGAAAAUAAGGACUGAACAUAGAAAUUUAAAGCAAACUUUUUAG